AUGCAGCUGCUGAUAGUACUGGCAAUUAUGUUCGACGUAAAUUCUUGUGCAACAGAGCAGGUGGUGAGAGAGAAGAAAUGCUAUGCAACUACUGGUAAAAUAAGAAAGCAGAAACCUGAGACCAGAACAAAUUGUAAUGCAAUGUUGUCAAUUUAUCUUGACAAGAGUUGUUCAAUGUGGAAAGUCAGAAAGAUGGUAGAGGAUCAUAACCAUCCUUUGAUACCUCUUAAAUUAGUUCACCAAAUUCCAAAUCAUCGUACAAUGACAGAUGCAGACAAGGCACAAGUGGAUAGUAUGCAUAGACAUGGUCUCCCACCUUCGAAGAUCAUGGGUCUUAUUGCUGGACAAGCCGGUGGUUAUGAAUUUGCUGGUUUUACAAAAAAAGAUUUGGAUAACUAUAUUGAAAGAAAUCUACGUUCAAAGAUCAUUGAAGGAGAUGUAAAUGCAACUCUUAAUUAUUUGCAUGGAAAAGCAGAGGAUGCACCAAUGAUGAUUGUGAGACAUAGUUUAACAGAUGAUGAUAAAUUGGAGCAUUUAUUCUGGGCGGAUGAUUUAAGUCGAUUUGACUAUCAAUAUUUUGGUGAUGUUCUAGCAUUUGAUUCUACCUACAGAAAAAAUAAGUAUAAUAGGCCGCUAGUUAUCUUUUCAGGCACAAACCAUCAUCGCCAAACUUGUAUUUUUGGCUUCGGUUUGCUAGCAGAUGAACAAACAAAAUCAUACAAGUGGUUACUAGAUAACUUUUCAGAGGCGAUGAUGAAUAAGCAUUCGAGUCUUGUCAUAACAGAUGGUGAUAAUGCCAUGAAGAGUGCAAUUGAAGAAGUUUUUCCAAAUGCUACCCAUAGAUUGUGUGCUUGGCAUCUGUAUAAAAAUGCAGUAUCUCAUAUCAAGGACACAGAAUUUCGUGAGAAAUUUAAGAAAUGCUUGUAUGCCAAAUUUGAAUGUGAUGAAUUUGAAGAGUAUUGGCAUGACAUGGUUGAAAGGUUUAAUCUUGUGGGAAACGACUGGGUAGAAAAACAAUAUAGAAGGAAAGAACAGUGGGCUACUGCUUAUUUGAGUAGCAAGUUCUGCGCUGGAUUUAGAACUACAUCCAGAUGUGAAGGUAUAAAUUCUUUCAUUAAAAGCUUUGUUGACUCAAGGGAUAGUAUACUUGCAUUGGUGCAAAACCUUGAACGUGCUUUAAGGGACUACAGAAAUAAUGAGAUUGUUGCUGAAUUCAAAACAAUAAAUGGAGAACAUGUGCCCACAACAGGUUUACAUUCUCUCGAGCGUCAUGCUGCAUCAGUGUAUACUAGGGAGAUAUUUUGGAAAAUAUUAGAAGAGAUUAAAAGUGUGGCAGCUUUGGAUAUUGUGUCGUCUGGUAGUCGUUCAACAACUACAGAGUACAAGAUCAUCAAGUAUGGAAGACCUGAUCAUGAGUACAUUGUUUUAUAUGAUCAAGAUACUCAAAAAAUGAUUAAGGAAUUCCCAGAAACUCUUAUAUUAAAAAGAUGGACUAAAGACGUUAAAAAAAUUGACGAUGAUCAAGGUAACAUAAACGGAAAAGAGGAUGAUGAAAGGAGCAUUCUGAUGCGGAUAGGUGCAUUAUCAGUUGCUAGUUCUCGUAUGAUAUACUUAGGAGGCAUAAAAUUGUCUCAUUUUCCUUAUAUGGUCCCAUUCCCAGUCAUAGAUGGUUGCUACAGCAUGCGAAUGAUUCGAUUUUUUAUUUUGACAGGCCAUGCAGAAUACACACAGUCAAAUAAGGAGUGA